GUGCUCCAGCAGGCACUAGGCACUCCAGUCCCGGCGAGCGAGCGGGCGAGAGCCACAGCGCUCCGAGCGAGGCGAGGGGGCUCUGGGCUACCUGGGACUCUCUUUGUGACACCCCAGCACACAAACACACCGACAGGGACAGAGGAAAAACACACAAAGAGCUCCAACAUGGGAGGCAAACUGAGCAAGAAGAAGAAGGGAUACAGUGUCAAUGAUGAAAAAGCUAAAGACAAAGACAAGAAGGCUGAAGGAGCAGCAACUGAGGAAGAGGAGACUCCAAAGGAGGCUGAGGAUGCCCAGAAAGCCACAGAGACCACAGAAGUGAAGGAGAACAACAAAGAGGAGAAGGGAGAAAAGGAUACUCAGGUCACUGCCAAUAAGACGGAAGAAAAAGAAGGGGAGAAGGAGAAAACAGUGACCCAGGAAGAAACCCAGAAAACAGAACCUGAGAAGUCAGAGGCUGUUGUCGAUGCAAAAGUAGAGCCACAGAAGAACACCGAACAGGCCCCCAAGCAAGAGGAGCCGACUGCUGCCUCUGCUCCUGCUGCCAGUAGCGAAGCACCCAAACCCUCUGAGCCUAGCACCGAUGCAAAAGCUUCCCAGCCUUCAGAAGCCACAGCUCCCAGUAAAGCAGAUGACAAGAGCAAAGAGGAAGGGGAAGCCAAAAAGACUGAGGCUCCCGCAACGCCUGCAGCCCAAGAAACUAAAAGUGAAGCGGCCCCAGCUUCAGACUCAAAACCUAGCAGCAACGAGGCUGCGCCUUCUUCCAAGGAGCCCGCGGCAGCAGCAGCACCUAGCUCGACUGCUAAGGCCUCGGACCCUGCAGCCCCUCCAGAGGAAGCGAAACCUUCUGAAGCUCCAGCCACUAAUUCGGAUCAAACCAUAGCAGUGCAAGAUUAAAUUGGACAGCCUGUUGAAACAACCACUUAAAACAACCUGUGUCUUUUUUUUAUUUUUUCAGCUAUACUAACUCGUUUCAGAUCUGAAAUAGCAAAUAUGUAUUGCCCAGAAAAGAAGGAGAAAACACACACAAAAAAAAGAGAAAAAAUGAAAAGGAUGUCCCAUCAAGUUGGGAGGGAGGGAGGGGGGAGAAUCCAAAUAGUAUUUUUGUGGGGAAAUAUCUAAUAUACUUUCUGCCAACUUGACACAAGUCCUGGAUUAAAAUAAAUAAAUAAAUAAAUGGAUGUCUGAAAGUACAGCACAUCUUUUGUAUCUGAACUGCUGUAAAUGCACUCCACCAGUGUAUCAAAAUCUUCUUUUUGUUCUGUAAUGGGGUUUGGGAGUGAUGCGUUUGAUUCUGCCCACUAGGUUUGUGCCAAGGCAAUCAGAUCUUUAUGAAAGCAGUAUUUUCUGUGGUGUUUUUUUUUUUUAUUUACAGCCUUUCUUAUUUUGAUAUUUUUUUUAUGCAGUGGAUGAAUGCCAACUUUCAGACAAAACCCACUUAGCUGUCCACAUAUUUCUCAAUGCCAAUCCUCCAAUUCUUCCUCUCCAAAUAUUUUUUGGGAGUAAAAAGCAUUCUCAUCCUACUUAGCCUACCUAGAUUUCUCAUGACGAGUUAAUGCAUGUCCGUGGUUGGGUGCACCUGUAGUUCUGUUUAUUGGUCAGUGGAAAUGAAAAAGUCUGCGUUCAUUGCAGUUCCAGUUUCUCUUCCAUUCUGUGUCACAGACACCAACACACACUCAUUGGAAAACAAAUGAAAAAACAAAAUGUACAAUGGAUGCAUUGAAAUUAUAUGUAAUUGUAUAAAUGGUGCAACAGUAAUAAAAGUUAAAUAAUUUAAAAAAUAUAUAA